AUGGAUUUCAGAAACUCGUUCAAAUCGCAUCAUAGCUCAUACAAACAAAUCAAAAGCCCCGGAGAUCAAAGCGACGCAAGCCCUGAACAUCUCCCGAUCCUCCACGAUCACGAUCAUCAUUCCGGCAUGGUAGAUAACACCAAACCAGAGAGCAACCGUUCUAGCCUCGACGACGACGAGGAAGACGACGGACGUAACGCGCCGGUGGAGCGUGAUGCAAGCUACAAGUUCUGGCAAGACAACACAACAGCAACGACCUCUUCCUUGGAUCACACGUCAUCGAGGGUUAGUGCUAAAGAUCCGAUCGCUAUCAAUAGAAAAAGCGAUAGGUUCAGCGGUAGUUUCGAUUUCGCGCAUGGCGGUGGUGGAAAGGCGAUAAUAGAAGAGUCUCCGACGAAGAUGGUGGCGGCCGGAGGAGAGUCUAUGAAUCGUUGGAGAGUGAGGAAUGAUCAUGAGAUCACACUUGAUGUGGAUCAAGAUAAUGAUGACGUUAGUCACCAAACAAUGCCUACGCCUACGUCAACGGCUCGAACCUCGUUUGAUGCGUCUAGAGAACUGAGAGUCUCGUUUAACGUUCGUGGAGCCGGCGGUGGUACGUAUGUUGCUGGUUCGGUUCCUUCUUCGUCUUCUCAUUCGAGCACUUCUUCGUCCGCGACAAUGCGGACGAAUCAGGAUCAGACUCAGCAACAGGAGGAUGAGGUUUUGAGAUGUACGUCGAACGUGUCGUUUCAGAGGAAAUCAGAGAUUAUAUCUAGAGUGAAGACAAGAUCUAGGCUUCAAGAUCCGCCACGAGAAGAGGAAACGCCUUUUUCGGGUUGGAGAUCGGGUCAGUUGAAAUCCGGGUUACUUGGUGAUAUAGAUGAAGAAGAUGAUCCAUUAGCUGAGGAAGAUGUACCAGAUGAGUAUAAAAGUGGGAAGCUUGAUGCAAUAACGUUGCUACAGUGGCUUAGUUUAGUCGCGAUUAUAGCUGCAUUGGCUUGUAGUUUAUCGAUUCGGUCUUGGAAGAAAGUUAGGGUUUGGAACCUUCAUUUAUGGAAAUGGGAAGUGUUCUUGCUUGUUCUUAUAUGUGGUAGGUUGGUUUCGGGUUGGGGAAUCCGAAUCGUUGUCUUUUUUAUCGAAAGAAACUUCCUUUUGCGGAAGCGGGUUCUUUACUUCGUGUAUGGUGUGCGUAGAGCUGUUCAGAACUGUCUUUGGCUUGGCUUAGUCCUUCUCGCUUGGCAUUUCUUGUUUGACAAGAAAGUACAAAGGGAGACAAAGAGCAAGUUUCUUCCUUACGUAACUAAGAUCUUGGUGUGUUUCUUGUUGAGCACUAUCUUGUGGUUGAUCAAGACACUAGUGGUUAAAGUUCUGGCCUCUUCGUUCCACGUCAGUACUUACUUUGACCGGAUUCAAGAAGCCUUGUUUAACCAGUAUGUGAUCGAGACCUUGUCCGGUCCUCCAAUGAUUGAGAUGAGCAGGAUUGAGGAAGAGGAAGAGAAGGCACAAGAUGAAAUCUUCAAGAUGCAGAACGCGGGUGCAAAUUUGCCACCUGAUCUUUGCGCGGCUGCAUUUCCACCCGCAAAGAGCGGGAGAGUGAUGAAUCCGAAGCUCUCCCCGAUCAUCCCGAAAACAACAAGUGAUAACGGAAUCAGCAUGGAACACCUUCACAGGAUGAAUCACAAGAAUAUCUCAGCUUGGAACAUGAAGAGGCUAAUGAAGAUUGUGAGGAAUGUUUCUCUCACCACAUUGGACGAGCAGAUGCUUGAAAGCGCAUACGAAGAUGAAUCCACCCGACAGAUACGGAGCGAAAAAGAAGCUAAAGCAGCUGCAAGAAAGAUUUUCAAGAACGUAGCUCAGCGUGGCGCAAAGUACAUUUACUUGGAGAAUUUGAUGAGAUAUUUGCGGGAAGACGAGGCGAUAAAGACCAUGGGCCUCUUCGAAGGUGCACCGGAGAACAAAAGGAUUACCAAAUCAGCCUUGAAGAACUGGCUGGUCAAUGCUUUCAGAGAGCGAAGAGCUCUUGCCCUGACACUCAACGACACCAAGACAGCGGUGAACAAGCUCCAUCACAUGAUUAACAUUGUCACUGCCAUUGUCAUUGUAGUCAUAUGGCUUGUCCUUCUUGAAAUUGCAUCUUCCAAGGUACUUCUCUUUGUAAGUUCACAAGUUGUACUCUUGGCCUUCAUCUUUGGGAACACUGUCAAGACCGUCUUCGAGUCAAUCAUCUUCUUAUUCAUCGUCCACCCUUACGAUGUUGGUGAUCGCUGCGAGAUUGACAAUGUACAGUUGGUCGUGGAAGAGAUGAACAUACUCACUACCGUGUUCUUGAGAUACGACAAUCUCAAGAUUAUGUAUCCGAAUAGUCUUCUAUGGCAGAAAUCAAUCAACAACUACUACCGCAGUCCAGACAUGGGAGAUGCAAUAGAGUUCUGUGUCCACAUCACUACUCCCCUCGAAAAAAUCGAUUUGAUAAAACAGAGAAUAUCAAACUACAUAGACAACAAGCCAGAGUAUUGGUACCCACAAGCCAAAAUCGUAGUAAAAGAUGUGGAAGAUUUGCACAUAGUAAGGCUAGCGAUAUGGCCAUUUCAAAGGAUUAAUUUCCAAGACAUGCUUGAAAGAUGGUCAAGAAGAGGCGUAUUAGUCGAAGAAGUGAUCAAGAUCCUCCUCGAACUCGACAUUCAACACCGGUUUUAUCCGCUCGAUAUCAACAUCCGAACAAUGCCUACAGUAGUCUCUAACAGAACUCCACCUGGCUGGGCACAAAUCCCACCUGCCUGA